GCCAGCAGGAGCUAUAAGAACCUCCAAGUCUUCAACUUUCUCCCAAUCCCAGACACCUCGAAGGGGCUCCAAGGAGGGAUCGGGAGGAUUUUUUUUUUUUUUUUUGGUUGGUGUUUUUUUUUCCUCUUGGAUCCUGAUGCCAUCCCCCCUCCCCCCAAAGUGAGGUCCUCCCUCCCUCCCUCCCUCCUCCUCCUCCUCCUCGCAGGCCAGCGAAGCAGCCGAUCAAGGGGGAGCUGGCGGGUUAGGUGCCCCCCUCUUCUCCCUGCCCUCCCCCCCCUCCCGGCCCGCUUCUUGUGUCUCCCCCCAGAGAUGAUGCAGCAGGACGAGUCAAACUCGCCAGUCUCCCCCGCCGACGACAGCCUGAGCAACAGCGAAGAGGAGCCGGACCGGCAGCAGCUGCCCAACAACAAGAGAGGGGGGCGCAAGCGGCGCUCCAGCCGGCGCAGCGCCGGCGGCGCCGUCGGGGCCGCGGACGAGCCCUGCAGCCCGGCCCAAGGCAAGCGGGGCAAGAAGUGCGGGGCGGGGGCGGGCGGCGGGGGCGGCGGCAGCAGCAGCGGCGGCGGCAGCCCCCAGUCCUACGAGGAGCUGCAGACCCAGCGGGUCAUGGCCAACGUGCGGGAGCGGCAGCGCACGCAGUCGCUGAACGAAGCCUUCGCCGCCCUGCGGAAGAUCAUCCCCACGCUGCCCUCGGACAAGCUGAGCAAGAUCCAGACCCUGAAGCUGGCGGCCAGGUACAUCGACUUCCUCUACCAGGUCUUACAGAGCGACGAGCUGGACUCCAAGAUGGCAAGCUGCAGCUAUGUGGCCCACGAGCGGCUCAGCUACGCCUUCUCGGUGUGGAGAAUGGAGGGCGCCUGGUCCAUGUCCGCAUCCCACUAGCAGGCAGCGUCCCCCCCCCUCGCAUCCCCCCGGCAGGAGCCCUAGAUGACAUUGUUCCCACAGAAGGAGAAAAUGGACAGUCUAGAGACUCUGAAGUUGGAUACCAUUUUUGGUUCUUGUCUAAAAAAGUAUACCAAGGAUUUCUUGGAAAUUAGAAGAGCUCUAUCCAAAUUCAAAGCAGGGCGUGGGGAGCACUUAAGGAAAGAGAAAGAGACAAGGGCUUUGGACAGUGACUACCCAUUGGGCAUCUGUACAAUCCACACAUCUCUGCAUUCUGAUAGAAGUCUGAAUCGUUCGAUUUUUUUUAUUUUUGACGAAGAAUGUUGGAAUUUAACUUUUUUUUUUUUAAUUUGCCUUUUUUGCAUGCAUUCCCAAGAGGUUGUGCCUAUGAGCCACUGGUGAAAGGAAAUACAUUAUUGUGGACUUUCUUCAUUCUUGAAUGAAACCAACCAACCAACCAAAAAAAAAAUCCCCAUAGAGACAAAAACUUUUUUUUUUUUUUUUUUUUUUUUUUUUUUUAAGGGGGGAAUAAGCUGGGCUCAAGCUAUUAUAUACAAACCUACCCGGUUCCUAACUUUUUUAUUAUUAUUAUUUUUUCCUCUGAGAAAAAAAUAAACAUUUUAUUUAUUUAUUGAUGACCCAUGUUAAAAUGCAAAUAGAUCCGGUGUCUAAAUGCAUUCCUAUUUUUAUGAUUGUUUUGUAAAUAUCAUUGUAUAUUAUUUUUCUGCAAUAAAUAAAUAUGAUUGAAAUUUUAAUAA